AUGCAGCCCGGGGGGAGAAGCCGGCUCCGCGCCUCGGCCGGACUGCUGCUGCUGUGCCUGGGCUGGCUGUGCCUGUCGCCCGGCGCCGCCUCGCCCUGCCUGGAGGAGUGCCGCUGCUACCUGAGCGCCCUGCUCUGCCAGGAGCCCCGCGCCAUCCACUCCCUGGCGCAGCUGCGCAGCCUGGAGAACUUCACCGAAAUAGUUGUCGAAAACCAGCCCGAGCUGAUCAACCUGACAGGGGAAGAUCUGAAAAACCCCAAGGAGCUGAAGAAUCUGACCAUCGCGAGGACCCACCUGAAGUUCAUUGCUCCAGAUGCCUUCAAGGCCAGCCCAAACCUGACCCACGUGAAUCUGGCCUUCAACCAGUUGGAAUUCCUUUCCUGGAGGGUCUUCUAUCAUCUCCGCCUUCAAGAGCUGAUCCUUGUGGGGAACCCCCUCCGGUGUGUUUGUGGACUGCUGUGGCUACAAUCCUGGCAGCAGAAGAGGCAGCUUGACUGGGCGGGCAACCAGUCCCUCCAGUGCCUGCAGGAGGACAGGACCCUGGUCCCCGUCUUCAACCUCACCCUCUCUGGCUGUGAUUUUCCCAAGGUCCGGAUCCGCUACGAUCCCACCCCGAUGGCAGAAGGCCAGAGCGUCAACCUGACGUGUCACAUCACAGGAGAGCCGAAGCCGGUGGCAGGCUGGGAUGUGCCCCAGGUGGGGGCUGAACGCCCCCUCAGAACCAAGAACUCGGAGUCGGAAAUUGUGCUGCAGAUCACGAACGUCUCGUCCAGCUUCAACCUGCAAAACAUCACCUGCCGAGCAGAGAACGAAGCGGGCAUGGGGGAAGCCGUGGCCCGGCUGAACGUGACCUUCCCAGCCGUGAUUCGCGCGGUGGGCCAGGCCGUCAUGUACUACCGCUGGUGCAUCCCCUUCUCCGUGGACGGCAACCCCACGCCCAGCAUCCGGUGGCAGUUCGACCAGCAGGAUCUCCUGGAGACGCCGAUCGUUUACACCCAGCUCUUCUCGGAAGACGUCCCCACCACCACCAUCGUCCACGGCUGCCUGAUCCUCGACAAGCCCUCGCACUUCUUCAAUGGCAACUACACCCUGCGGGUGGCCAACGCCCUGGGCUCGGCCUCCUGCACCACCUACCAGCACUUCAUGGACCUCCCGGAUCCGAACUUCCAGGAGGAGGAGCCCUUCCACGUAAGUGUGGCUCCACUUGUUGACAAGAAUGGCACCGAGGGGGGAGCCGUGGAGACCUCAGAGGAGCACCCGGUUGGGAUCUUUGUGGCCGUGGUCCUGGCCGUUUGUGCCUGCAUCUUCCUGUCCAUCAUGCUGGUCAUCCUGAACAAGUGUGGACAGCACUCCAAAUUCAGCCUCAAGCGGUCCGUGGUGUUGGCUCCAGAGGAUGACCUGGCCAUGUCCCUGCAGUUCAUGGACGUGAGCAGCAGCCCCCGCUCCUCCGUGGAGAGCAAGCUGGAGGGGCUGAAGAGCAGCUUCGUGGAGAACCCCCAGUACUUCUGCAACACCCCUGUCCGGCACAUCAAGCGCAAAGACCUUCUGCUGAAGUGGGAGCUGGGCGAGGGGGCUUUUGGGAAGGUCUUCCUGGCCGAGUGCCACAACCUCAGCCCCACCCAGGAGAAGAUGCUGGUGGCCGUCAAGACCCUGAAAGAAGCCACGGAGAGCGCCCGUCUGGACUUCCAGCGGGAGGCGGAGCUGCUGACCGUCCUGCAGCACCAGCACAUUGUCACCUUCUAUGGGGUCUGCACCGAUGGGGAGCCCCUCAUCAUGCUGUUUGAGUACAUGAAGCACGGGGACCUCAACCGCUUCCUCCGGUCACACGGGCCGGAUGCCAAGAUGCUGGACAACGGGAACGGCCAGUCCUUUGGGCAGCUGACCCUGAGCGAAAUGCUGCAGAUCGCCACGCAGAUCGCCUCCGGCAUGGUCUAUCUGGCCUCCCAGCACUUCGUCCACCGGGACCUGGCCACCCGCAACUGCCUGGUGGGGCACGGCCUGGUGGUGAAAAUCGGGGACUUCGGCAUGUCGCGAGACAUUUACAGCACCGACUACUAUCGGGUGGGGGGCCGUACCAUGCUCCCCAUCCGCUGGAUGCCCCCGGAGAGCAUCCUCUACCGCAAGUUCACCACCGAGAGUGACAUCUGGAGCUUUGGGGUGGUCCUGUGGGAGAUCUUCACCUACGGGAAGCAGCCCUGGUACCAGCUCUCCAACACGGAGGCCAUCGAGUGCAUCACGCAGGGCCGGGAGCUGGAGAGGCCUCGGACCUGCCCCUCGGAGGUCUACCACAUCAUGCAGAGCUGCUGGCAGAGGGAGCCCCAGCAACGGCAGGGCAUUAAACACAUCCACAGCUGCUUGCAGACGCUGGUCAAGGCCCCUCCGGUGUACCUGGCUAUUCUCAGCUAA